AUUCAGUUUGAAUUGAACGCAUUACCAAAUUAGUCCGCCUUAUUUAAUGCAUGUUGCCAGACUUUCUAAGAUGAUGAAACUAAUGUUAGCUUAGCAGCUUUAUUUCUAGGUGUUGGGCUGUUCAGAUCCCAUCCCUAGUGUAGAUCAGAUCAAACUGUGCAACAUAGAAAAAGAGUCUUGCUGUGGACUGAAAAUCUGCUUAACCCUACGAGGCAAAGGGAAAGAAAAGCUUUCGUAUCAAAGCCAUCUAACUCUUCAGGGAAUCUAUUGAUCAAACUCCUUCUCUCAAGAAAUGUCUCAUCAACCAAGCCAACUUCCUCUUGUCAUUUUUUGCAUACUUCUGUUGACGUCUACAUUACCAAAUGGGUCAAGUGGAAAUAAACUACGCAAGAUGAUUCAGAAAAGACAUGCUUUAGAGAAAUUGUCUGCUUCGGUUUCUGAAUCAAAAGCUAAUGAGUUUUUGAAUAGUCUGAAACGUUCCAAACGGCACCUUUGGGAUAGAUCUCGCGACGAUGUUCAGCAAUGGUAUCAGCAGUUCAUUGACAUGGGAUUUUCUGAAGCUGCAUUUGAAGAAGCUGUUGCAUAUUGGAAGAAUGUAUACCAAGGUGGCACUCAUGACGACUACCAUCGCUACUACAACCACUACCAUUAUGAUGGGAAUUCUCCAUUUGGCCCCUAUUAUGCGCAUUCCAUGCGGCAUGGGGCUGAUGUUAAUUAUGAUGAUUAAAGCAACAAAGUAUAGUCCAUAAAUAUUAGUGAUUAACCUUUCACCUAUUGGCGUAAAGUAUAUAAUCAUCUUUUUGAAUAUUAUUGACUCAUUUACAAGGUUUAGAUUUUGUGUUAGGUUUACCAAGAAUUACAAAUGUAAAUUGUUUCUGACAACCUAAUGCUUUUUCUGUUAUAUUUUGAUCACCUUGAAUUAAUUUCUUACAUGCUGAAAAUUGAAUGUCAAUAUUUUGGUAUGUAACUAAGGAUCACAUAAUUAUAGAAGUUUUUAAAUGGAUGUUGGACUAACUCUUUCAUGUCUUUUACUAAAAUGGCAUUUUCUGAUUAAAGCAGUGAGAUAAAUAAUGUUCUUACUGAUUUUCUAUGCAGUGAAAUCAUACCAAUGAGAGUUUAUAAAGAUAGUCACUGGGUUACACAAGGAGCUAUGGGGGAAAGUAACCAAAGGCAUCACAAGCCGUAGGUUAUACAGUAAGAAAGGUAAAUGGAAAGUGAAGGGAAGGAAAGGGGGCAGCAUGAUAGCGUAGUGGUUAACACAAUGCUUUACAGUACCAGUGACCUGAAUUCAAUUUCUGCCUGUAAGGAGUUUGUAAGUUCUCCCCAUGACCAAGUCGGUUUUGUCUCACAGACCAGAUGUACCAGUUGGUGGGUUAAUUGGUCAUUGUUAAUUGCUCCAUGAUUAGGCUAGGAUUAAAUCAGGAGGACUGCUAGGUGGCGUGAUUCAAAGGGCCUAUUCUGUACUGUAUCUCAAUAAAAAAAAAUUCUGUGGCUAAGGACAGUUCCAAUGCCAUUUUCAAAUUCACUGAUAGUAUUGGUAGAUGACUCACAGAUGGCGAAGUUGGCUUCCUGGAGGUGUCACAACCUUUCAUUCAAUGUUGGCAAAACUGAAGAGUCGAUUGACUUCAGAAGGUGAGGAAGGGUAAAUAUGUGGCAGUCUACAUUUGGGAGGGGGUGGAAUUGACAGUGCAGUCAACAGUUUUUAAAUUCCUGGGCAUUAACAUUAUCAGAGGAUCUGUCCUGGCCCAGCAAGUAGAUGCAAUUAUAAGGAAAGUGCUUCUUAGGAGGUUAAGGUUUGGCUUGUCUCUGAACACUCUAACAAAGUAUUCUAAUUGCACCUUGAGCUAGUAAGUGCAAUUUGAAUAUGCAGGAACAUAAGCUGCUGCAGUGAUACUGGGUAAAUGGAAUUGGUUUAAGUCAAGUCUGAAGUAAAGCCAGCUGUACAGUCAUCAUGAAUUGUGAUUAUAGAACUUUUUGAUGAAAGGAAGCACCGCACUCUUAUUAUUGAGAAAAACUGUUUAUUACCCUCCUCCCAAUUUCAAUCUAAUAUUAAAUGUUAACAGACUCAUGACAAUAUUAAGUUCCUUCUAUUGACCUUGGUCCACCUGUAUUAUUUACAACCUUUUGUUCAGGAUCCCUUCGACAAUGGGAAUGCCCUUUCUCUAAUCACACUGCUCCAUACUCCUACAUAUACAGUAUGUAUCUAAUAUACAACUCUGAAUUUCAAAAAUUUUAGAACUCUGUUGCAUUUUGCAGAAAUUUGCGAGAGGAGCUAAUUCUUGAUGUUGGCAAUAUGAUAUAUCUCUGCAGAGGACAAAGAGGAGAUUUGAAGAGUGAGAAGAGACAGCCUGAAACAGACUCACAAACAAGAGAAAAGCUAGCUGCAGAUGCUGGAAAUGUGAGCAACACACACAAAAUGCUGGAGGAACUCAGCAAGCUGGGCAGCAUCAAUGGAAAAAAAGUACAGUUGACAUUUUGGGCUGAAACUUCUCGACAGGACUGCAGAAAAAAUGCUGAGCAGAUCUGAAAGGUUGUGGGGGUGGGGGGGAGAAGGGAGAAACACCAGAUAAUAGGUGAAACUUGUAGGGGGAGGAAUGAAGCAAAGAGCGAGGAAGUGGAUUGGUGAAAGAGACAGAAGGCCAUGGAAGAAAAAAAGGGUGGUGGGAGGAGCACCAAAGGGAAGCGAUGGGCAGGCAAGGAGAUAACAUGAGAGGGACAAGGGGAUGGGAAAUAGUGAAGGAAUGGGGGAGGCAUUACUGGAAGUUUGAGAAAUCAAGGCUCAUCAGGUUGGAGGCUAUCCAAAAGGAAUACAAGGUGUUGUUUCUCCAACCCAUGUGUGGCCUCAUCACAACAGUGGAGGAGGCCAUGGAUGGGCAUAUUGGAAUGGGAAGUGGAAUUAAAAUGGGUGGCCACUGGGAGAUCCCGCUUGUUCUGGCAGAUGGAACAUAGAUACUCAGUGAAGCAGUCUCCCAAUCUACGUUAGGUCUCACCAAUAUACAGGAGGCCACACCGGAGCACUGAACAUAGUACAUAAUCCCAAACAGACUUGCAGGUGAAGUGUCACCUCACCCGUAAGGACUGUUUGGAGCUCUGAAUGGUAGUGAGGGAGCCAUAGCACUUGUUCCGCUUGUAAGGAUAAGUGCCCUGAGGAAGAUCAGUGGGGAGGGACGAAUAGACUAGGGAGCUGUGUAUGGGAGCAAUCGCUGUGGAAAGCAUAAAGUGGGGGGUGGGGGGGGGAAGAGGGUGGGAAAGAUGUGUUUGAUGGUGGAAUCCAGUUGGAGGUAGCGUAAGUUUCGGAGAAUUAUGUGCUGUACACUAAGGCUGGUAGGGUGGUAGGUGAAGACAAGACGAACCCUAUCCCUGGUAGGGCGGUGGGAGGAUGGGAUAAGAACAGACAUGUGAAAUGGAAGAGAUGCUGUUGAGGGCAGCAUUGAUGGUGGAGGAAGGGAAGCCCCUUUGUUUGAAAAAGGAGGACAUCUCCUGCAUUCUAGAAUGAAAAGCCUCAUCCUGAGAGCAGAUGCAGUGGAGAUAAAGGAAUUGAAAGAAGGGAAUGGCGCUUUUAAAAGUAGCAGGGUAAGACAGAUAUAGUCCAGGUAGAUGUGAGAGUCCUUUGGUUUAUAAUAGACAUUGGUGGAUAAGCUGUCUCCAGAAAUAGAGACAGUGAAAUCAAGAAAGGGGAGUAUUGGAAAUGGACCAGGUGAAUUUGAGGGUAGGGUGGAAGUUGGGAGGCAAAGUGGAUGAAAUCGAUGAGUUCAGGCAGACGGUGCAUAGAAGCAGCACCAAUGCAGUUUUUGAUGUACACACA